AUGGACUCGUCAAACCUUUCAUCAGGAUUUUCGCCUACGAAGCGCUUAUGGCCCAUUUGGCUUAUUCGGAGAGUGUGUCUCAGAGCGUUUACGCUCUUUGCCUUCUCAACUAUAAUCCUGGUUUUCCUCCUUCUGAAUCGAACACCAAAUCACCAUGCCCCUUUAAGCUCGCCGACCAUCAAGACAAUUGUUCACGGAAAAGUCGUCAAGGGCAAACCCGAGAUUCGAUACCCCCUGAAACCUUUCCCCGAAUCCGCUAUGCAAAGUGCUGUGGCCACUGACGGCUAUAACCGCAACCGACAACAACGGCCGUGGCUGGCAGCGGUCAUCUGUGCGGCGUCAGACAUGGAGCAACGUUUGCUGAUUCGAACGACCUGGAUGCGUCUCUUCGAAGACGUUCCAUUCGAUGGCCGCUUUGUGGUGUCUAAUCCGGGCCCGAGGUACACUGACAUGGUGAUCUUCGAAAACAGAACGUUUGGGGACAUCAUCGUUCUCGACCACCUCCAAGAAGACGAUGUUACGGCCAACACUAUCAAAACACUCGAAUUCUACAAAUGGCUUGUUCAAGGGGAAAAGAAAUAUGAGUUCGUCUCUAAGAUGGAUACAGAUUUAUGGCUGAAUGCAAGGGGGUUCUGGGACCAAUUCCUCGUUCCGAGGUUGACACAAAGGACUCCUUCGAAAAUCUGGAAGAGUACGGUUUCUCGAACAAUCAUCGGGGAGCUGUACUAUUCCCGUAAUAGUCAUCUAGUAUUUCCACAAGGAGGCAUUUACACGACAACGUGGGACAUGGUCGAGCUUUUGGUAUCAUUGCAAACUGAAUUUCAAGUUGUGACAGGAGAGGAUAUGGCUAUAUCUAUCUUGAUGCACAAAGGGAGUCAGACAGGGAACUUUGUCAACUUUCGUGGCUCAGAGAAGUUUGACUAUAGUGAUGGGGAUUCUAGGGGCGAUGGGACUGCCUGGGCAAGGCCGGACACACAUCCGGACUCGGCUCAACAUGCUGUUGUUGGCCCAAACCCCAUAGCAAUACAUCAGCUAAAGGACAAGCGAUUUUGGCACAAAGUAGCUGACUGCUUUGACAGUCACGGCAUUAGGUCACCCACCCCAGCACGUUAUCACAAGCCACCUUUUGCGGCUCGCUGGUUCGACUUUUGGUAUAGCCUUGGUAUUUCUGGAAAGUAUACUUCAAGGAUAAAUCUGAUACCUGAGAACUUAUGGAGUUUUCAGAACGGACGCUGGAUAUGUGAUGGCAUCUGGAACUUGGGCGAGACCAGAACGGGAUUCUCAGAUGUGCUUUGA